UGUCUUUUUUUCUUUCUUUUUUUUUUUAAACAACAUGAAGAUUACCUCCCAUCAUCUGAUGAUAAGCAGUCUCGUUUUCAGGUCCAACCUCAGGCUGAUCCCGCUCCUGCUGCUGUUUCUCGGUUACACUCGCGGGAUGCCGCACGUUUUGAGAUUUGGAGGAAUAUUUGAAUCCAUCGAGAGCGGCCCUUCCGGAGCAGAGGAACUAGCCUUCAAAUUUGCCUUGAACACAAUCAACAGGAACCGCACCUUGCUCCCCAACACCACACUGACCUAUGACAUCCAGAGAAUAAACAUCUUCGACAGCUUCGAGGCCUCCAGGAAAGCAUGUGACCAGCUUUCCCUCGGGGUGGCGGCCAUUUUUGGCCCCUCCCACAGCUCGUCGGCAAAUGCGGUCCAGUCCAUCUGCAACGCGCUGGGGGUGCCCCACGUCCAGACCAAGUGGAAGCACCAGGUGUCCGACAACAGGGACUCGUACUUUGUCAGCCUGUACCCCGACUUCUCCUCCCUCAGCAGAGCCAUCCUCGACCUGGUGCACUUCUUCAAGUGGAGAACGGUCACUGUUGUCUAUGACGACAGCACAGGUACAGGUCUCAUUCGACUGCAGGAGCUGAUCAAGGCGCCGUCACGAUACAACAUUCGUUUGAAGAUUCGACAGCUGCCCACGGAGACCAAGGACGCCAAGCCACUUCUGAAGGAGAUGAAGAAAGCAAAGGAGUUCCAUGUCAUCUUUGAUUGUGGACAUGAGAUGGCUGCCUGGAUCCUAAAGCAGGCCCUCGCCAUGGGUAUGAUGACGGAGUACUACCAUUAUAUUUUUACUACUCUGGACCUUUAUGCCCUGGACAUGGAGCCGUAUCGUUUCAGUGGAGUCAACAUGACGGGGUUCCGCAUCCUGAACACAGAGAAUUCUCAGGUGACCUCGAUCAUCGAGAAGUGGUCAAUGGAGCGGCUACAAGCCCCGCCCAAACCGGACUCCGGCCUGCUGGAUGGAUUCAUGACGACGGACGCGGCGCUGAUGUACGACGCCGUGCACGUGGUGGCGGUGGCAGUGCAGCAAUCGCAGCAGAUCACCGUCAGCUCGCUGCAGUGUAAUCGCCACAAGCCGUGGCGCUUCGGCGGGCGUUUCAUCAGCCUCAUCAAAGAGGCUCACUGGGACGGUUUGACAGGACGCGUCCUCUUCAACAAGAGCAACGGGCUGAGAACAGAUUUCGACCUGGAUGUGAUCAGUCUGAAGGAGGACGGGCUGGAAAAGAUCGGAACAUGGGAUCCUCCCAGCGGUCUGAAUAUGACAGAAACUCACAAAAGCAAGGCGUCCAACAUCACCGACUCCCUGGCUAACAAAUCCCUGCGUGUAUCCACCAUACUGGAGGAGCCGUAUGUGAUGUUUAAGAAGUCAGACAAGCCUCUGUAUGGGAACGACCGCUUCGAGGGCUACUGCAUUGACCUGCUGAGGGAGCUCUCUACCAUCCUGGGUUUCCGCUAUGAGGUGCGAUUAGUGGAGGACGGGAAGUUUGGCGCGCUGGACGAGGGCACGGGCCAAUGGAACGGCAUGGUGCGGGAGCUCAUCGACCAUAAAGCAGACCUGGCAGUGGCCCCUCUGGCCAUCACCUACGUCAGAGAAAAGGUCAUCGACUUCUCCAAGCCCUUCAUGACGCUGGGGAUAAGUAUCCUGUACCGCAAGCCCAACGGCACCAACCCCGGGGUCUUUUCCUUCCUCAACCCCCUCUCACCCGAUAUCUGGAUGUAUAUUCUGCUGGCUUGCUUGGGUGUCAGUUGUGUGCUGUUUGUCAUUGCCAGGUUUAGCCCUUACGAGUGGUACAACCCGCAUCCGUGCAACCCCGACUCGGAUGUAGUGGAAAACAAUUUUACGCUGCUCAAUAGUUUCUGGUUUGGAGUCGGGGCUCUCAUGCAGCAAGGCUCAGAGCUCAUGCCCAAGGCUCUUUCGACUCGAAUAGUGGGAGGCAUCUGGUGGUUCUUCACCCUCAUCAUCAUUUCCUCGUACACGGCCAACCUGGCGGCCUUCCUCACCGUGGAGAGGAUGGAGUCACCCAUAGACUCCGCCGAUGACCUGGCCAAACAGACAAAAAUCCUCUAUGGGGUGGUGGAGGACGGUGCCACCAUGACCUUCUUCAAGAAGACGAAGAUCUCCACCUACGACAAGAUGUGGGAGUUCAUGAACAGCCGGAGGCAAUCUGUGAUGGUGAAGGACGUGGACGAGGGCAUCCAGCGCGCCCUCACCUCGGACUACGCCUUCCUCAUGGAGUCCACCACCAUCGAGUUUGUCACCCAGCGCAACUGCAACCUCACACAGAUCGGAGGCCUCAUGGACUCCAAGGCCUAUGGAGUGGGAACACCGAUGGGCUCUCCGUACAGAGACAAGAUCACAAUAGCCAUCUUGCAGCUGCAGGAGGAAGGGAAGCUGCACAUGAUGAAGGAGAAGUGGUGGCGGGGGAACGGCUGUCCCGAAGAGGAGAGCAAAGAGGCCAGCGCUCUGGGGGUGCAGAACAUCGGCGGCAUCUUCAUCGUGCUGGCCGCGGGACUGGUGCUGUCAGUGUUCGUGGCUGUGGGCGAGGUCCUUUACAAGUCCAAACAGAACGCACAGCUGGAGAAGCGUUCAUUCUGCAGCGCCAUGAUGGACGAGCUGCGCGUGUCUCUGAAGUGCCAACGCCGUCUCAAACAAAAGCCUCAGCCCCCCGUCAUCGUCAAGACGGAGGAGGUCAUCAACAUGCACACGUUCAACGACAGGAGACUCCCGGGAAAGGAAACCAUGGCGUGAGCGCCCAACGUAACCCCCCCCCCCGAAAAAACACACUGCGGUAAACAAACGCGUGGGGGGGGGGGGGGGUCAAAUUAAUGCUGACACAACCUACAAACUGAAGUUAGCUGUCAAACACAACAGGAUUCCUUUUUGAACCCACUUGCUUAUUGUAGACAGAUGUUUCCUGUGGAAAUAUAGAGGCCUGAGCAGUGUCGCCUCACUGUGACGUUCACUUUCUGAUUGGGAGCUGGGAGAGGAAGGACUCGUGGGCUUGUGCUGAUUGAAUUGUGUAAAUUGAGAUGAUCCAAGUAGGUUUGGGGAUUAAAAAAAACAAAAAAAACAUAAGUCUGUUCCACGCUAGAAGUGGACUCAAACACACACGAACACACACGACACAUGUAUGCACACACACACAUACACACACAUGCUCAUGUGACACUCGACACCUGUGCAGAAGGGAAGACUCUAUUGUGACAGUAACACCAGAUGUAGUUUUUUCUGUUGAUGUCAAUGCCCUUUUGUCUUACCUCCAUGUGGGUGUGACCCCCCCCCCGUCCUUCCGUCCCUCCUUUCAGUGGCUUGAGUUUCUUUCAAUGAUUUGAGCAAACAACGCUAAUCGCACACCAACAAAGGGGAAACGGCAGACCGACCCGAACGGUUUUGCCAUGAGCUGAUGUAUAAAAGUGAUAUUUAGUUAUGAUUCCUCCACGCUGACCUUGUUGAAUACCCAUCGUUUUCUUCUGUGAUGCCUUUCCCGUGCCAAAGUUCUGCCAUUGUACAAGAACUUCCCAUCCUGUCUAUUAUAUUCAAAGCCUCUAAAAAAAAACGCGACGUAUCCUGUCCCCAGUCCUCAUCCACGUCUGUCUUUGCACACGGUCUGCAGUUUUCAAUCUGUAUCAGUUGUUGUUUAAAAAUGCAGUAUUUCUACAAAAAAAGUUUGUUUUUUUUGUACCAGAACAAGAAGUUUUGUAGUACUUUGUAUCAUGGUAGCCCCUCCCGUGGAUAAAAUAUGUAGCAGGUACCAACUCGGCCCCUAAAACUCUGACGUGGGGCUUCAAACUCUGCUGUGUAGGGUUCUCAUCCACACAUUCAGUCCUCUUUUCUUUUUUUGUUUCCGUGCGUCUCGUGGGGCUUGUGAUUCGUAGUGUCUGAGGGGAACGUGUGGUGGAUUUUUGUGAGUAGGAGAAAUGUAACUGUAAAGCAAGGGUGGUGACUCAUUUGAGGAAUUGCCGCCGUCAACACUGUCCUACUAGCAGCAAUGAUCACUGACUGUAACACUAGCUGUGGUGAGUCACCAUGUAAGACAUAGAAUAUGCUUGGGUUAAACUGUAGAUAUCGGGCUGCGAUGUUCACGCUGCAUUUUAGCCUCAGGACACAAGAAAAAAAAAUCUAAUUUUAUCUAAGUAGCAAGUCUUACUUUUUUGAAACUAGUGAAAAUAAUAAUAUGAUAUAUAAUUAUGAUUAUACAAUACACUGUAACCUAUACUGGGGGUUUUCGGGGUCAAUACUGAUAAAGCUAUAUCAGCCAACGGUAACCGUCUUAACCCAAACACAUAACAUGAAUUUAGAUGUGGAUUCACACGAAGUAGGACAUCUGUUAUACACAUCCAUACCAAUAUAUGUUCUAUAAGAUGAUAUCGGCCGGGCUAAUUUAUCGGGCGAGCUCUAAAAAAAUAAUGAAUCCUGUAUCCUGUUCAGUUUGGGUAUCAAUGCAUAAGGGUAUCGAUAAGGCCAUCAUAUUUUCUAUACCAGUCAAAAAUGUAUUAAAAACUUUGUGUCGCUAUCUAUAACUGAGACAGAAUAGGCCCGACGGCUGUGAUUGAAUAAAGAAAAAAAAGAAAAAGAAAAGAACAAGUCGAUUUGUAUUUGAAACAGGUUGAAAAAUAAUACGACGUGUUUCACUUAUUUCAGAAAUGUCACCUUUAGGACUCACUGAUGGACAGAAAUGAUAUGAUAAGAUGUAGAUUUUUUUUUUUUACACACCAAAAGGUCCAUUUAGUAGCUGUUUCUGGAGUUUUCAGUCGUACCGGACGAUCAUCAGCAGCAGCAGCGGAUGUAGCUCAAUUGUCACAACGUUUCUUUGUCUAUUUCAACUUUUGAGCCAACAUGAGGUGAGAGAAUGCUUGUGCUCGUAAAAAAUUGGCAAAUCCAUCCGCUGAUGAAGAUCACGUAAUAUGAUUGAGAGCUCCAGUUUGGCUACUAAAUGGAAACUCUGGUGAUUUUUUACCCCUUUUUUUCUUCAUCUGCAGACUCUUCUAAGGUCAAGAAUGAAAUUGACAGGCCACGGUGCGGCCGCAGUAAGUCGAUGCAACUUGCCGCCUGUGUGUCUUCGCUCACGUGCCAGGCGUCACUUGGCGUCACUUGAGUCAAGUGGACUCGUUUUGCAGCUCCGGGGCUGCGGUGUUGACGAUUGGCCGACGGACGGAAGCGGGAAAAUGUGUCCACCAGUUGUCUCCAAACAUGUCGUCUCUUCGCCCAAGUGACACCAAUCACGCACGGCCCCGCCGCACCUCUCGCCUGCCGACUCUGUCCCAUGUUGUGAAAUGACAAGCACAUACUUGGUAGGUCCGUACAUCACUGGCCCUCACUUUGCUCACUAAAUCAUUUAAACUGUUAUUCCAAGGAUUUCAAAGAGAACAUUUCUUUUUGGAUAAAGCUAAUGACUCAUUCGAAGGGACCACAUUUGUGGAAACUGACUGAGGAAAGAAACGCGUCGGCGUUCUGCCAGUGUUGCUUGUCAUUUUCCACCUGCAGCUAAAUCUACUGGCGCUGAAGCUGAACUCGAUCGAACACCCGGAAACAUCCAUCGGAAACGACCACAAAGGCUUUGCUGUCCUGUCGGGGGAAAAAACAAUUAUCUGACACUGAUGCAAGGUUUUACAAGUAAUGUCAUUAAAAAUGUCACCAUUGUAGUUUGAUGCCUUA